GUGGAAGGGAGGCCAGAGAGACGUGCCCGAGGACACCCAUUUUCAAGGGAGAUUUUGGCUGCGCCGUUACCGGCAAGUUUCCGGGAGAUAAACCUGGUCUUUGAUGGGUCGAGCGACCCGUCGAGGCACGUCAGAGCAUUUGAAAACAUGUCCGUCUUACAUGGAUACUCAGACCCGGUUAGCUGCAGGGCCUUCCUGUCGACCUUGCAGGGAGGUGCGCUUGACUGGUUCCACCAAUUGGCUCCAGGAUCGAUCAGAGACUUUGAGGAUUUCGCAGGACAACUUACUAACCAAUACUCAAGUGCGGUCGCCCAGGAGAAAACAUACCUUACAUUGAUGGCAAUGAGACAGGGCGAGAAAGAAUCCUUACGGAAGUACGUUGCUCGAUAUAACCAGGUGUGUCUGGAGGUGCCCACGGCCGGUGACGAGGUAAAAGCAGGAGGACUAAUUAGAAGUCUACGACCAGGACCAUGUCGAACGUCGCUGGCCAAAACACCUGCUCGGACUUAUGAUGAGGUGCUCAAGAGAUGCAAGAAGUACAUUAACCUAGAAGAAACAGAAGCAGAAUUUGCCAAGCUCGAGGACGUUAUGAAGCCGGAGCAGAGGAAGGGAAAGAUGAGCUCGCCCAGGAGGGGAUCACCUAGGAAAAACUCCCCAAGGGGAGGAUCUUUUAAGAGGCCGUCGCCAGGAGGGAUGGGCAAAAUUCGUUCCGAGAAAGGCGAGAGGAUCGCUGGCAGGGGCGACCUAGGCUACCAAAUGGUCAGAGGACCAACAGAUGGGGAUUCGAAUAAUGCGCGAAAAGGGCAUGUACGGGCGGUGAAGCGUAAAAGGGAGGAAGUUGGGAUAACUGGUCGGAUGCCGGUGAUAAGCUUUCGAGCAGAGGAUGCGGAAGGAAUCUUGUUACCUCAUAACGACGCGCUGGUCAUCACAGCCGAAGUGGCAGGUUUUGAUGUGAAAAGAAUAUUCAUCGACACCGGGAGCUCGGUCGAUGUAAUGUUUUACGAUUGUUUCGCCCAAAUCAACAAACACCUGAAUCUGGAGUUGAAACCAGUCGCGACAGCUUUAUAUGGAUUCAACGGUGGAGAGGUAAUGCCCAUGGGCGAAGUGAGCCUGACCGUAGCAUUGGGGACGGGCGACUCGAGGAAAGUGAGAAUGAUCAGGUUUGUGGUGGUUGGAGCAGAAUCGUCUUAUAAUAUCAUUUUGGGGCGAACGGGUCUGAAUGCGUUCCAGGCGGUCGUGUCUACUUACCACACGACGAUCAAAUAUCCUGUGGGGGAAAAGGUGGGCGAGAUUGCAGGGGACCAGCUCACAUCGAGGAGUUGCUAUCAGACCAUAGUCAAUUUGGGUGAGCCAAUCAGGUCGAAGUUGAUCAAUUUGAUAAGGGAAUUCACGGAUGUCUUCGCGUAUACAACGGAUGAAUUAACGGGGAUCGAGGCCAGGGUGAUCGAGCACAGACUUAAUAUUGAUCUCAGUGUGAGACCAGUGAAGCAAAAGAGAAGGCAUCAUGGAGCAGAAAUGGACAAAAUCAUCGAGCAGGAGGUCGACAAGUUGAUGAACGCUGGGCACAUCCAGAAGAUUCAAUUCCCCGAGUGGUUAUCUAACACUGUAAUGGUGUCCAAAGCGGGAGGAAAAUGGAGAAUGUGCAUUGAUUUCCGUGACCUGAAUAAGGCUUGCCCAAAAGAUCUAUACCCGCUACCAAGGAUCGACCAGCUGGUAGACUCCACAGCGGGAUGCAAAUUGCUAAGCUUGAUGGACGCCUCACAGGGGUAUCAUCAGAUUCCCCUAGCGAAAGAAGAUUGGAAAAGAGUGAGCUUCAUAACCAGCAAAGGCACCUAUUGCUAUGUAGUCAUGCCGUUUGGGCUAAAGAAUGCGGGAGCCACCUAUCAGCGACUGGUCGACCAAAUUUUCAAGGAUCAACUGGGGAGGAAUAUGGAGGUGUACGUGGAUGACAUGCUGGUGAAGAGUAAGAUGGAGGCAGACCACGUGGGCGACUUAAGGGAGACUUUCCAAACACUGAGGAGAUACGGCAUGAAGCUUAACCCGACUAAGUGCUCGUUUGGCGUGAAGGCAGGGAAGUUCUUGGGAUACAUGGUAACAAAGCGGGGAAUAGAGGUGAAUCCCGAGAAAGUAAGAGCCGUGGUCGAAAUGAAGCCACCAACCAGUGUGAAGGAAGUCCAAAUAUUAACUGGACGAAUAGCAGGAUUGAGCCGAUUCAUUUUUAAGGUGGCCGAAAAAAGCAGCCCUCUGUUCAAAACCCUGAAGAAGAGCUCGAAGUUUCAGUGGACAGAGGAAGCCCAAAAGGCCUUCGAGGAGCUGCAGAGGACGCUGGCUAAUUUGCCUUUGUUGGCCAAGCCAGUCCAUGGAGAGGAGCUUGUGCUCUACAUAUCGGUGGGCGAGAGUGCUGUAAGCUCAGUGUUGGUCCGAGAAGAAGGAGUGGCGCAAUUCCCAAUAUAUUACGUCAGUCGAGUAAUGCAAGGAGCAGAGUUGAGGUACUCGGAAAUUGAGAAGUUUGCAUUGGCGGUGGUCGUGACAGUCCGGAAGCUGAGGCCAUACUUCUUGAACCACAAAGUCAAGGUGCGCACAAACAUGCCGUUGGAGCAGACUUUAGGUCGACCAGCAGUGUCUGGCCGGCUAGUAAAGUGGGCGGUCGAGUUGAGUGAGUACUCUAUAACAUACGAACCAAGAAGGGCAAUCAAAGCGCAGGUGUUGGCCGAUUUCAUACAGGAAGGUACGAAGGAGGAGGGAGAUGGCGGAGGAAUGUGGCA